AUUCGGACCACUGAACAAUGGCAGAGAUCGGUAAACUUUAGAAAAAUAAGGCCCGCGUUCAUUAACGGCAAGCAAGCGAAAGGACCAGGCUAUCAACGAUCUGUCUUAACAUUGAUUGGCCAUAUAUAGUAUUUCACACAAGCCAACAAGAUGUCCAGUAUGAAUUACCAGAAAGUUUACAUGAACCAGAUCCACUCCAGCUCAUUGUUGUGUCAGCUUUCUCACAUGUGGAAGAGUCAAAUGCUGUGUGAUGCCAUUAUCAAAACCGGUCAAAUUAUCACUAAAGCCCACCGAGUUGUGCUGGUGGCAGCUUGUCCCAUGCUUCAGUCCAUGGAAAAUGCAUCGGCAGGUUCACAUCUAGAAGUUCGUCUAGCAGCCGAUAUCAAACAAGAAUCCGUCAACACAUUCCUACAGUAUCUAUAUGAAGGCUUCAUGAUGUUAACAGAAGACAAUGUUCGUGAUGUUGAGAAAGUAGCCAGACUUUUACAGGUAGACAGUGUUAUUAAAUGUUGUGCUGACUUUUACAAAUGCAUGAAUGCCAAAACGGGUGCACCAUUCCCAGGAUCAGCAUAUAAAUAUUCCUUUUCUGGACAUGAUCUUGCUGAAUUUCGUCAUGUACGUGCUACUGGCUUGCAAAAAACUGCAUCUGAAAGAAUAAUUAAACGUGUUUCUGAUUUCCCUCGGCCUGGAAGUCCAGGAAAUAAGAGACCAAGGUUACAUAGAGGGGCAAGUCCCUCAGAUGUUACUGUGAUAGGGUCAGACAAAGCUGAUGAUACAGCAAGUAUGUCCCAUAGUUACAUGACUGGAGCUCCAGAUCCCUGGGAUAGAGUCCCCAAACUGGGGUCAGGCAUGGGUCGUCAAGGUGCUACUGGAAAGAAUUCCCAGCCCGGUGUGAUAGAAAUUGUGGAAGAAAGUAUUGAACUUGUACAGACAGAGCCUCCAGAAAAAGAUUCUGGACAACCAUCAUCAUCUCGUUCAUCACAAAAAUCAGCAGCAGUGUCCAUAGCAGUAACUAGUCAAUUUAACACAGAACCAGACAUCAGUGUUGUCAAUGUGUUUGGUGCUCCUGAAACACAGUCAGCAUCUGCUGGCACUGCUUCUGCCAAUACUAUCACUUCAUCUAGUUCAUCCCGUGGGUCCAUCACCGUCAGCCCGUUAACAAUAUUUCAGGACCCCCAUCCUCCAUCAUCGUCUGCUCCUGAACCGCCCUCCUCAUCUGCUGUAGAUUCCUCAUCAGGUCAAGAUCAACAACAAAGAUUACCAGAGAUGCAGUUUUCAGGUUUCUCACAAAGACAAGAUAUGGACAGUGUUUAUAGUGCAGGAAAACAGCAAAAGAAUACAGAUAGUCAGUUAACUAGUACACCUCAGCAGAGACCGUUUCCAGUGUCUGUGUCGCCCAUCAACCAACCAAAACCUUUUGCAGCAGGAAGUGCAAUGCAAGCAGGAAUUUCCUCACCCUCAUCUAUGUCCCUACCACUUGGUUCACCAUCUAGCAGUAAAUCAGUCCAAAAGCCGAGGAGUGCACCAGCCUCACCCGCUGAACGGGCAAGGGACAACAGGAGGGCGUCAGAAGCAACUGGUAUGCAGAGUACAGCUGACAUGACACCUGACUUGAGUAUAGUGAAAAUAGAAGCCAGCAAUCAUGAAACAGGAGGACUCGAUAUGCAUGUAGAUAUGCCAGAGGAGGGGGUGAUGCGUAUUCACCAAGGCAGGUUACCAGAGGAACAAGAAGACACAAGUGACAAAGAAAUAGAAGACUGGGCGCGUGAGGAAAUGUCAAAUGAAGGAAGCAAUGUUAGCGGUGAUCAGAAUAAUUCGUGGUACAUGGGAACAUUCAAAGAAGAUCCCUGGGUAGCCUCCUCAGUAUCAGGCUCUCCUUUCCCGGCCUCACCUUCUUGGAGAAGUUCGAGUCAUGUGGGUACCCUGCCCACUAGACUUGCCAUCCACAAACUCAUUCCUAUCACUGGCCCCAUCAAUAGAAAGCUUUGUGUUUACUGUCAGCUAAAUAAAACUAAGACCAAGUCAGGCUGGUUGGUGUACAGUCGCUGCAAGUGUGAGGCGUGUGAUGUGGCGCUGUGUAAGAGGGAGAGGGGAUGUUUUAAACUCUACCAUGAUCUCAUCUUCGGCGGUGUCAAUGAGGCGAACGAGUCUCAGACGGGCGUCGGUUCAAAUGUGAACCUGAAGCAGUUCAUCGUCAAGCCUCAUAGUGGUGUCACCAUGUCUCAGGCUAAUGUCUCCUCGUCAGUUUUAAGUAACACUGCACCAUACUCCAAGUAUGCCUUGUCACACCAUGUCGCCUCAUUGUCACAAUCAAAUUUGUCGUCUACUAAUCAAAAUGUCUCCUCGACACAUCCAAAUAAUUCUCAUGUUCUGGUUUGUCCUACUUCUCCAAAAAGAGAAUACCACCAGUUACCUUCCUCAUCUGUUGACAGUACAAUGUCAACUGGUCACAGCAGACCUGACUUUGAGGAACCUCUUGCCCUCACAAUGUCCGCACAUGUAACUGCAAACUCGGGUCCUGUGACAGCAAGUACUGGUCAUGCGAUGCCAAGUUCUAGUCAUAUGGCACCGAGUCCUGAUAUGGUGACAGAAAAUUCUGAUAACAUGGCUGCAGAUUCUGGACAAGACAUCAUUAUUUCCAGUCAGGAGACUUCCGAUACAGAUCAUGUGUCAGAAAGCACUGCUCAGGUGACUGGCAGUUCAGAUCAUGUGACUGGAAAUGCUUCCUAUGCCUACGGAAGUGUAGUAUUCCCAACUCGAAGCUUUAUGCAUGACAGGACAGAGGAAGGCUAGAAAUAGUGCUACAUUUUGUGAUUUAAAUGUUUCUCAUCCUAAACCAGAAAUGACACACACUGCUAACAUCUCAUUAGCGUGAACAUUGAUAAAUGAACAAACUUAAUUCAUAUGCAGAUAUGUAUUCACUAACUCGAAAAACACAUUAACAUUUGUGUGAGUAUUGUGAUUGUAUACAUAAUCCAAUAGCAAGCGAUUGCCUUGGAUAUGGAAGAUAUGAAAUAGCUUUUUAUAUGCAAUACAAAUGGAGAUCUUUGUCUGGGUUAUUGCUUGUCAUGGCAGGUGAAGACUUGUGUACAAAUUGUAACUUGAUGGUGGAGGUGUUUUCUGUCCUACUUACUUUACUUGUAACCUAGCCUUUAGACAUUAAACAACAGAGUUUACCUUUGGGUUUGAUCUCUUCAGUAUAUAUAUAUUUUUUUGAUAGUUUGGAUUUUCAGAAAUAAUAUUGUACUGUCUAUAAAUAGAGUUUGAUAAGAAAUAUUGACAGCAUGGUCCAAUAUUGAUUCCGGAUCCAAACAAAGAAAUGUUGGAUGUGUUUUACUAGAUACAUGAUCAAUAAAAUAAAGUGCUGAUAUGUAAAUAUAUAUGAAAGGUACUGUAUAACACACUACUUAAUUUGAACAGAAAUGGUGUACAAAAUACUUUAUAUUGGUUAUUAGAAAUAAACUGUGUCUUGUUUGGAAGUCACCAUAAAGUUUCUGGCUGAAAAUCACAUCGUAAACAAAAUUGAAAGUCAUAGCGUGGGCUCGUUUUAAAUAAUAUUUGUUUGUGAAAGGGCUUAGGGUGAGCUCAUUUGAAAUAUUUUUUGUGAAAGGGCUUAGGGUUGGUUCAUUUGAAAAAAAUAUUUGUGAAAAGGCUUAGGGUGGGCUUAUUCGAAAAAAUAUUUGUUUGUGAAAGGGCUUAGGAUGGGUUUAUUGGAAAUAACAUUUGUUUGUGAAUGGGCUUAGAGGGAACAUAUUGGAAAUAAUAUUUGUUUGUGAAAGGGCUUAGAAUGGGCUUAUUUGAAAUAGUGGUUGGUUUUGGCAGGGCUUAUUGUGAGAUAGAUGUACAAAAUUCAUAUCAUAGAGUUUGUCUUGACUUUCUUUUGAUUUUUUAGUUUCCAAAGACAAUUUUUAAAGUUUCAGUGUUGUAAACUUUUAUGGAAGUAUUAAAACCAGAGGAUCAGUAAUAUAGUCCAUACAUCAUUAUGUUAUAUUGAGAGGAUAUUGAGUUGAACAGGGAAUGUUGUAUAGAGUUGUGUGUGAAAGAAGAGUAUAGUUACAGAUGAAAUUUACAGGAGACAAUUUACAGGGAUAAAUUAUGAAUUGGUAACUAAAUGCUCAACAAAUCUAACAAGUUAGCCAUUUACAAGGUCAUCAUGAAACUACAAGACAAACCUAUUUGUUCUUGCAGAAUUCCUGGAAUUCAAAUUUUUUCUGUGGUCAUAUUUAUUCUACUUUCAUAAUACUGGAAGGGACAUUUAUUAUUUACUAUUGUGUCAUUCUGUCUGUAACUUCCUUACAUUUUGUUUUUAAUUUCAUGCUUUGUUAUAGAUCUCUGGCACUUUCUAUUUCUGUUAGAUAGGGUCAAAGUAUGUACUGAAAGAACGUACCACAUGGCUUCCUUCUUUUGAAAUGAUUGAUAAAUGGUAAGAUUUUGUGUAUUAACCACUGGAAAUUAAGUCAGAACGAUUCAGCAGAACUCAACUAUAGAUAUUACAUAUUAUGAAACAUAUUCGCACAAAGCUUAGAUUACUGUUGAUGGAGAUCAAGCCAUAUCAGAAAGGCCAACAAAUCCAAGUAAGCUCCCAUCACUGUGCCUCAUUGCACCGUUACAGUGUGCUAGAGGAUGAACUUUUAUUGGCCAUAUGAUAAUGGGUCAUGUGAUGUGUCUAGUCCAAUCACAGUUGAGGACU